UUCGAACAUUUUGUUUACAAAAAUUAAUCAGUCAUGAAUUCAGUUCUUUCACCGGAAUUAAUGUGGAUAGGAUCACGUUGUUAUCGUGUAAAUAUUCCAAAUGAUAGAAGGAAUGAGCCGGAAAGAGUUAAUAUCAAUUAUGAAGAGGAGGAAUUCAAUUGUGAGCUGGAUGCUGAGGAUUUAUACGAUGAAAUCGAGCCAAUCGAUAAUGGAACCAAGUUUCAAUUGAAGAUGCACAUUCCCUCGCUGUUUUAUUCACAGAUUAUUGGAACUAAAGGUGCUACAAAGAAGAGAUUGGAGCAAGAAACAUCAACUCAAUUGACAGUUCCAAAAAUGGGAUCGAGAGAUAGUAAUGUAUUGAUUAUUGGAAAAUCUAGAAAGGAUAUAAUAUCAAUGAGGAACAGACUAGAUCUAAUUGUUGUUUCUGGACGUGCUAAACAGAACUUUACUCAUUUCCUUUCCAUUGCAUUUACAUCCAGUCAGAUCCAAGAGAAUUUCAAUAAGUUCAAAAGUCAGAUUCUCAAUGAUCCAGAAAUUAAUGGAAUCGACGAUUCACUUUUCCAAAAACCUCAAAAGCUGCAUUUGACAAUUGGAACUCUAUCGUUGCUUGACAAUGAAGACCGUUCGAGAACAGCUGAAAUGCUGCAAGACUGUAAGGAAUUUAUCAUAGACCAAGUAUUACAAGGAAGUGAAUUGAAUGCAAAAAUGGUUGGACUAGAUUAUAUGAAUGAUGAUCCAUCAGCUGUAGAUGUUCUUUACGCAAAAGUUGUGUCGGAGAAUCUACAAGAAAUUACUAACGGAAUCGCUGAAUAUUUUUCAUCGAGAGGAUUUAUGCAGCUUAAAGGUGAUCAAGUGAAGCUUCAUGUGACAUUAAUUAAUUCUCUAUUUCGUGACAAUGAUGAUGCAAUUGUUAAGGAUGAGAAUCAGCCACGUGACAGUAGAGAUAAAGAUCAAGGAAAUAGAAUCAAGUUUGAUGCCUCAAAAAUCCUUAAAAAAUAUAAAGAUUUUAAUUUAGGUGAAAUAAAAAUCAAGGAAAUCCAUCUUAGUCAACGGUACUCAAAAGCCUCAAACGGCUUCUAUGAAGCAACUGGAAUAUUAAAGUUAUAAAAAUUAAAAGAAUCCAAGAUUUAAAUAAAUUU